GGUGCACCCUCAAAAACGUGUACGCUCAAAAAGUUCCGUUUUUGGAGUAUAAUUCAAGUUGGAACAUUCAAAACAAACACAUCGAUAACAUUACUCAAACAAGUGAUUUGUUUUUGAAAAUUGCAGUUUAGUUUCAGUGUUAUGCACAAGAAUGCAGUUUAUAUUUGUGACAAUACUUGCACUCCACUUUACAUUAGUAGUAUGCAAGCGAAAAUACAAAGAUUCCUCCUCCGAAGAAAGUAUAGAAAACGUCCUAUACUACCAAGAUUGCAAGCAUAAACACGACCAACCACCGCCACUACAAAUGAGAGCCGUUGAACCACCGACUACCAAGAAGCCUCAAGAAUGCAAAAUGUGUUGCUCUAUGUGCUGUGGAGAGGAGUGUCAACAGUCAAGCACUUGCAAUCAACAAAAGCCUCAGUUCACACCAGUGAAAAAAAUUCAGCCAGCUCGACCCAUCCGGCCGCGCAUACAAAAUCAAAACCCAUUUUUUGCUAGAAGAGAAUUUGGAUUAACAAAAGAAAAUAUUAAGAGCCUUAUAUCUCAAGAUACGGAUAUAAGAAAGAUUUUAAAGGACUUAGUAAGAGUAACGAUGCAGAAGGUUGAUCUGAUGCAGCUAUUGAAGGCGAAGCAGACUGAGAAGCCGUUGCUGAAAGAGAGCGAGUAUGAAAAUGAUUUAUAAAGACACAGAUCUGUAAAUAAAAAGUACACAUUCAAAAAGUAGCUUUCUUUCUCCUGGAAUUACGUGUGUUUAAAUGCAGAUCUUCUCUCGUGUAUGAUGUUUACAAAUGUUCAAAUAUUAGUUUGCCAAUUAAUUCUAGAAAGCAAUAAAAAUAUAAAUAAAUUAUUUAUCCAGAAUA